AUGAUCAAAGAUCAAGAAAUCAAGAAAUUGGAAUCAGAAUCAACUAUGGCUGAAGGUACUACAGAAUCAUAUGUAACUAUAUCACAGGAUGAGGACAAGAGAAUUGUGGUUCAUUCCCACAUUCCUAUGUCUUUCCCUAGCACAGCAAAUACAUCUUGGUUUGACAGCAGAGAUGCUAUCCUGUUUAUUGAAAGGUUUUAUCAGAUAUGCAAGAAUCAUGGGACUACAAAGAAGAUAAUUGGGAAGUAUUCUUCAAAGAGAUUAUUCAUGAAUUUUGUGAUCAAGACAUUACUUACAAGAUUUACUAUUGGGAUUACCUCCAGGCAAUUACAAAGAAACCACAUGCUUGGAAUGGCAACAUUCAUAUCUAUAUUUGAGAAUACACUACUAUUGCCAGUACAGUUCAAAAAGAUUGUUUGGGUGACCAUGGAUUUGAUCAACCAGUAUAAAGGAAAUAAGAAGAUCUUUAAAGAAGAUGAAAUAAAACAAAAGAAAAUAGAGAAGCUUAUUGAAGCUCUAAAGAAAACAGCUAGUUUUGCAAAGACUAAAGAAUCUGAAUUGAAAGUCAAAGCCAAGGGCUCUGACAGCACCAAUAUUGAAGCUGCUAUUGAAAAGAUGACUAAUAAGUUCACAAAUUUGGCAUUGGUCAUGAGAGUACAAUCAAAUCAGAUACAAGAGAAACUCAAUCAGUAUUAUAUACUGCAGAGAGAAGAACCUCCAAAAUCUAUACUAAAUUAUCCAACAAAUGUGACUGUUAAUCCUACAACUGUACAAGAGAAUACUCAACUGCCAGUUAACCUCUAUUUGGCUUGA